UUUUCUGCCAGCCCAGUGAAGCAGCAGCUCGUGUUUUUCGAAGGUUUUUUUUCGCUCGUGGUCACUGUGUGUCGCAUUUUCACCUGCAAAAUCGUCGGAAAACCGCUCGAAAUGGUUGAAAUUGAUUGUGCGAGUGUUCUUAGUUUGUGAUUCGAGUGAAAUUGGUUGCAUUCGCAUCGAGGAGAGCCCCUCUUCCGUGUUAGCAGUAGCAUCGGCAGCAGAAGCUCAUCGCGGUCAGUGGUAGUGGUGGUGGUGCAGUCUGCCCGCUACGUUGUGUGUCGGUAGUGCGUGUGAGGAAGAACGGAUUGCAUUGGUGUGCGCCACCAUCAUCAUCACCAAUCAUCGCCUUCGUCGUCCGUCACCGUCGCCGUCGAUACACUGACUCUGCGUGCACACUGUGUACGGAGGUAAAAAAGAAGACGUCCGAGGAGAUAUAGAUCGAGAGCGAGGCGAUUUUCAGAGCCAAGUUUGAAAUUGAAAUUGCCUUCGCGCACCGCGGCCAGCGAAAUUAUUGGCCAUUGGAGAGAAGCGCAAGCACAAGGCAGCAAGGAAAGAAACCAGAAGCAACUGGAGUGGAGCGGAGGAGGCGAAAUUUCUCCGCAGCCAAGGAAACAGCCGAGCAACAAGGAAGGCACUUCCUGUGUGUAAAAUCGAAGAAGCUCCAGCUCUGGACGGGAAAUAAGGAACACUGAACGUGAAACCAAAGCGAAAGAAUAAUAACCCGACAGAGAAAAAGUGCAGCCUAUCGGUGUCAACCUUGCUGCGGUGAGGCAGUGGUGACCACGUCGGAAGUAACGAAUUAAACAUACAGCAAAUCGAACAUAAGCAUGGAACUACGCGUAGGCAACAAGUACCGGCUAGGUCGGAAAAUCGGAUCCGGUUCGUUCGGUGACAUCUACCUGGGCACAAACAUUUCGACCGGUGAAGAGGUGGCAAUAAAACUAGAAUGCAUCAAAACGAAGCACCCACAGUUGCACAUCGAGAGCAAAUUCUAUCGGAUGCUGCAGGGCGCGGUCGGAAUCCCGACGAUCAAAUGGUGUGGCUCGGAGGGCGAUUAUAACGUGAUGGUCAUGGAACUGUUGGGACCGUCGCUGGAAGAUUUAUUCAACUUUUGCUCAAGACGUUUCACACUCAAGACUGUACUGCUGUUGGCAGAUCAGAUGAUUUCUCGCAUCGAUUUCAUACACUCGAGAAGCUUUAUUCAUCGGGACAUCAAACCGGACAACUUCCUCAUGGGACUGGGGAAAAAGGGGAACCUAGUGUACAUAAUUGAUUUCGGAUUGGCGAAAAAGUAUAAGGAUUCAAAGACGAUGGCGCACAUUCCCUAUCGGGAAAAUAAGAAUCUUACCGGUACGGCUCGCUACGCUUCCAUCAACACACAUUUAGGUAUUGAACAGAGCCGUCGAGAUGAUCUGGAAUCGUUGGGCUAUGUGCUGAUGUAUUUCAACCUGGGUACUUUGCCGUGGCAAGGUCUGAAGGCUGCCAACAAACGGCAAAAGUACGAACGGAUCUCCGAAAAAAAGCUUUCGACGCCUAUCGAAGAACUGUGCAAGGGUUUCCCGGGGGAAUUCGCUUCGUAUCUGUCCUACUGUCGUCAGUUGGAUUUCACGCAACGUCCAGAUUAUUGCUAUCUGCGUAAGGUGUUUCGAACAUUGUUUGCGCGGCAAGGUUACACAUACGACUACGUGUUCGAUUGGAAUAUGCUGAAGUUUGGAGGAUCUUCCCGUCACAACAAUGCCACUGAGCGAAAUAAAACCGGCGCCGUCGUUCAGCAGACCGACCCUGUCGCCCUUGGUUCCAGUAUGGUGGCCACUGCUGGUGGUGGCGUAGUAACGACCGUAACAGGAACGACUGCCUCCCUAGCGAAGAAUGAUUCCUGCAAGCAACUCGCCAACCGGCUGGUCCAGAUGAUGGCCCAAUCGCGACCGCCCGGUGCCGAUCCACAGCAGGUCCCAGUGCCCGGAUCCCAGCAGCAACAACAACAGCAACAACCAUCCCACAACAACAACGCCGGAAGUACGAAUCCGGAACCCAUCGCCACUUUCUCCCGGCAUGACACACCCGAACGCCGCUCAUCCAUCCGUCUGCGUGGCCAGAAUCUUGACUCACGAAACAUUGAAUAAUAUUAAAUUCAUUAUUUAAGUUUUUAUUUACAUAUAUAAUAUUAUAUACCUAAAUUUUGGGAUCCAAGCAGCAGAUCCAGCGAUUGCUUAUAGUUUACCGUCUGUCUGUUGGCGAAUCUUGGUGAAACAAAUUGGCUGCAGCUGCAGCAAACCGAGGAUAAGAAAACGCGAACGGGUCAUCCUUCUUUACCUUAUUUUUUUUAUUUUCAAUGCAAAGAAGGCCCUUUCGCAAUGAAUUACCCACACACAGAAAAUAGACUAGCUAGAGCAAAGAUUAACAUACAACCCAGAAUCGCGUGAAGCCGUGAAUAGGAAUACAACACUCAAACAAUGUUUAUUACUUUAGUAGUAAUGUUCUAGGAACUGGCCAUUUUCGGGAGAAAGGCAGCGCAGCGCGUGCAAGAUUAGAGGAUGAGCGAGUAAGAGAGUAACAGGUUAUGUAGAAUCAUAAUAGGUAUAAUGGAAUUAUUAAUUAAUUCAUUAAUUAAUAACAUAAAUGUAGUAAUGUUCAAGCUGGAAGAAUGAUCCGAGAAAAUCACCCACACAAGGAAAGUGAAUUUGACAGAUAUAAGCACCCCUCACUUAUAUACACAUGAAUUACAAUGAAGGAGUGAAAUUAAAACUCGUACGUCUACCUACAUAAACAAAGAAACAAAACAAAAAUAGAAUUUUGCGUGACAGAAAAAAAAAUGGAAAGAAAUGAGUAGAAAUAGAACUAUUAAACAUAUGCCGUAUGUUUAGGGAUUAAAAUCUGAAAACCAGUCGAUAACAACUAACGAUUUAACCGUAUAGGCUAUAUUACUGCAUAAACACACCAUCAUUAGUAUACACGUGAGGGGCUCCAAUGGUUGGCUAAUCAUGUUUAAUUCUACCAGAGACAGAAACCUCUCUAAAAACGCUCAGUUGACUCGUCUCAUCUCCAUUCCUGACAUUUGAGCCCCAGUGUACACAGCCACUUGAUCAUACACCGGGCGAAAUAAGUGUAAAAUUAAACUUCAAAUCGCGACUUCUCAGAAGGACCAGGAGGUUCCUAGUUUCUCGUUCGACGACAUCAUGUUUUGACUUGUUAGAUGAUCCCAUUUCCCAUUUGCCGUCAACAUAUGGUACGUCAUUUACGCUUGGCCCCUUGGGCAAAUUCGAAAAUACAUAUGUGUAGGAACAUUUUACGUAGAAACGUAUAGAUAGAUUGUGAUUUGAAGUUUGUACUUAUUCUGUCCAGCACAGAAGUGUCCAUGCAGUGUGUAGGGGUAAAUUUCACUAGAUCUACUAGAACAGGAGGAUUCAAACCACGAGGAAAAGGAUAAGCCUCCUGGCGUUCGAAUAAAAUCAUGCAACAAAAGCAAACCAACUGUGUAAAUUAUUUUAAAUCCUCGUGCAAGCGUAAUGAAUUUAUCCAGCACAUGUUCUUUUUCCUAUUCAAACGGUACCGACUUGCUUGAACUAAAAUCCCGUUCUCGUUCCACACCUUUUUGUGUCACAUUGCUAAUGAGCUAAAACAAAAAAGUAACGCAUUUAACUUUUACAUUUCUCCAAAAUUAAAACGCAUCAACAUUUUGUUCUGUUGUAAAAUUAAGAUCCAUGACCUUUUUCUAUAUGUUUGGAUGCAAUUUGUAUAGGGAUGCGCUGUGUAGAACUGUCAAUGGAACUAAGAAGAAAACUACAACUAGUAGAAGAAGAAGUAACCAGGCUCCAGUAAAUAUAGUGUUAAUAAAAAUGAACAGUUGCGAAUAGUGUAUGGCUUAUACCGCUAUGCAUGUGUGUGUGUGUGCGUGUAGAAGAGAAUGUGUGAGACUGUGCGACGUUAUUCUACCUUACUUUUUGUAACUAGUUUGAUUUGAUCUUUUUGCGGCGUGAAGUGAUAUUUGAGAGAUUGUUCUUCAUUUUGUGUCUCUUUUGUGUAAUUAUAGAGUAUGAGUAAAGUAAAAGAAAAAUUAAAAAAAUAUGCAACUAGAUAUACUAGAACAGUGAACAGUAAGAAUAUAACGCGUUCCCAAGCUGGAAGGCGAUGGGAAGAAAGAUUUAACUACUAACGGUAAUGAUACAAUGAUUUAGUACUAUAUAUACAACUAAGAAUAAACAAAAAAAAUACCAAUCGUGAUAGUAGAGAAGUAAAGAAACAAAAAAAAACAAACAAACAAGCAGAAACUUUUUUCAAGGAAAAUCGAGCCAGAGCGAAACAUUACCGAGGGCUGGGAAGAUGCAUGAUCAGAUUCAUUUUUUGCUUGAAACGAGAAAGGAAUCAGAGUUUGCAACACAAAACAGCGAACCCCCCUUUAAAAACGACUGUAUAGAACUGUUGAAGAUAAAAACAAACGCGAGCCCCUUUAAUUCAUUGCUGUGUUGGGGUACAAAAGAGAAAACAAAAACUAAAAACCAAUUUUUGUCCGUAAAUUUUGUAUGUUUGGGAUCGGUAAAUUCAUGCUGUCAUUUAAACUUAUUACAGAAAAAAAAUCGUAAAAAUUUCAUCCACUUUUUGAAAUUAUAGGAAAACGUGGGCCAGAUAAGGGAGGAGAUAAAUAAAAAUCAAUGCUUCUGCGUCUAACUUAUAGCGAUGUUUAUCGAUAAAAAAAACUACCUAUAAAUAUAGUACAUUAUAAUGAACAAGGAUAUAAAUGAAAAAUAAUUCUAGAACAAAAAAAAAACUGCAAAACUACGUUUCAUAAUGAAUUUACUAAAUGAAACAAUAUAAAACAGACUACCGCUAGCAAACAAAACAAAACAGAAAAAAAAACACAACUAAGCGAAAUGAAAUGGAACGAUACACUUUUAGACGGUGAACAUAUUAACAAACAAUUGAACCGUUUAUUGCCGUACGCAUAUAGAGAAAAAAAAACAAACAAAA